AUGGGCUUGAUUUCGUUUAGCAGGCUUCAAAAGAAGGCGUCGCGUCUGUCGCUGUUCAACCCAGAUAUCCCUUCAGACUCGAAAAACAGCAUCGACGCAACAGCCACCGCCAGACCUUCUUGCGAUAGCAACAACAACAACAACAACACUUCCACCUACAGCAGCGAGACACUUCGCAAGAGGCCGUCUCGUCUCUCGUUGUUCAUUUUCGACAACACACCCUCGUCCCCUGCCAGCGCCACCCCGCGCUCGUCCUACUCGGAAGACACUGUCCGUCGCCGCGCGUCGCGCCUGUCCCUCUUCCCGCGGAACCACAGCGAGACCGAAGUCCUCGCUGGAGACUGUGAUACCGACGCCGAGACCCUUGUAGACAGCAGCGAAGCGACCCCGACUCGUCACCGCUGCGACUCGUUGCCCGUUACACCCACCGGCCGCCGCCGGUCCCUCUUUAUCGACAUUGGCAACAGCCUCAACCGCAACCGCCGCGAGUCUAUCAGCAAAGACUCGAUCUCGUCGCCUGUCCAGUGCGCAUCUCCCUCCCCUUCCCCUUCCCUCUCCCUCUCCCCAUCCAAGUCGCCUGUCACCGACGAAAAGUACCGCUACCGCCGCGUAUCAAUGCUCGUCUCGUCGCACCCCCGCCCUGCCUGCCACCAGCAGGCGCCGAACCCCGCCACGAACAUGAUGAUGCCCAGCCGUGAGCAGCAGCAGCAGCAACAGCAGAAGCAGCGGGCCAUUCAGCAUCGUGCGGCCCCGACUGCUCGCGCCAUGCCCAUGGCCUGCAGCCCGCCGCUGCAGCUGCCACCUGGAGCCAUGGCGCCAGCCAUCAACGGACCAUUCGGCCCUGGCCGUGUCCGCUACCAAGCCAUGCCGCGGCAGUCGUUUGAGGACACUGUGUUCGGCGGCAGCAGCAGCGGUGCCAAGCCCCAGCCCCACCUUGAGUCUCGGUCUCUGGGUGCGGCUAGUGGCCGCCGAAUGGCUGCAUACGGAACUCCCUCUACCAUGUCCUCCUCCUCGCGCCCAAACGUCCCUCCUCGUUCCCACCUCCGCUCCCUCGCAUCUACUUCUUCAUCCGCCGCAUCCAGCGCCACGGGCUGCUCUUCCACUCCCACAUCCUCUGGCCGCUCAUCUCCUUUGCCACCCAACAACACCACCGUCCCUGCCGCCAUGACUCGCCGUCAGUUUGUGCUCGAAGUGGCACAGCCCCCACCGGCCAUGCACACCGACUUUCGUCCCGCCGCUCCCAAGCGGUCAUCUUUGCAAGCCGCCGAAGACAUCAUUACCUUUGGCCACAAGUCGCGCGCAUCCCGUCACAAGGCCCAAAAGUCGCUGGACGAGCGCGACCCCCUCAAGGUUCGCGAUGGCGUCUCGGCCCACAAGGCCCGUAGCGGUGUCUACACUCCGGCCUCGUUCCCAGGCGCAACAGGCCACUCGCCGACGUCGCCCAUGACCGCGACGUUUGACAGGCAGCGUAUGCCCGGCAACCCGAACGCCGUGGCCGCACGGUCCCAGACGAUGCCUCGUUUUACUGCGCCGCCGCCUCUGCCUCCUCGCGCCACGAGCCUGCCUGUUAAGCGCAACUCUGCGCCGGGCCCGACCAACAGCAGCCAGCAGCGUGCACAGUACGCGAUCGCCGUGCCCGAGCGCAACUCGUUCCACACCCACCAGUACCGCCAAGCGCUGCAGCCACCUCUGCCUGUGGCUGCCCCUGCUGCCCCUGCUGCUGCCCAGGCUCCGGUCUACACGCAUGCCAAACGUCCGAGCUACUCGCCGUCGUCGGCGCAUUCCGCCGCCUCCCUCUCGCCUCCGGGCACACCCACCACGCCCACGUCUGCCUCGCACCACGGAUCGGGAUCGUCCAGGCCAGCGUCUUCUUCGAUCACCAUCGUGCCCGCCGACGCCGCACCACACUUUGGCGGCCGCACCCCGCCCUCGGACGGUGCCGACACUGACGCCGUCGUCACCACCAAGGGCAAGGCCGCCGACAGCGCCAUUGGCCUGUCCCUCACCCAUGUCCCUCCCCCUACCAUCCCUGCGGCGGCCGAGGACGUGCCCCUCUCCCCCGGUGCGCCCAAGCGUGCCCGUCGCAAGCCCGUGCCCCGCCUCGACCCGGACCUCGAGCUGGUGCAGCGUAUGGAGAGUCUCUAA